AUAGACGAACGUUCGGUUCGACGGUGUAAGAUAUUAAUAACGAAUAUCAGAUAAACGAAAGUGCGCGGGUGUGAGUGCAAGCAGUUACAACAGUUUGAAAGAAACAGUUAGAAAAAAUGAAAGCGUUCAUUGUUGCCGGUGUUUGUUUGUUUGGCCUGCUGAGCUUGGGCUCGGCACAGUUCCAAAAUGGACGUCUGGAGCCACCAAAUCCACAGCUGUGCGCCCAGCGCAUUAUACACGAGAAGACACCCGAUGGCAAAGGCUACUUUUUCUCGUGGCGUGACCCACAGUUGAAGGGCGUGGAGGAGGAUUGGUUGAGCGCUAGGAAUUAUUGCCGCAGACGUUGCAUGGACUCUGUGUCCUUGGAGACUAGCUUGGAGAACGAAUGGAUCAAGCAGCGCGUUGUAGGCGAAAAUGUGAAAUAUAUCUGGACUAGCGGUCGUGUGUGCGACUUCAAGGGCUGUGAGCGUCCCGAUCUGCAGCCCACCAAUAUCAAUGGCUGGUUCUGGACCGCCACUCUGCAGAAGCUGGCACCUACCACAGAGCGCUCUCAGGGUGAUUGGUCUCCUGCUGGCGGCAUUGGUCUGCCCCAGCCCGAUAACCGUGAAUUCAAGCAGAAUGGCGCACCUGAGAACUGCUUGGCUCUGCUGAAUCAGUUCUAUAACGAUGGUGUCAACUGGCAUGAUGUUGCCUGCCACCACAAGAAGCCCUUCGUCUGCGAGGAGAACGAUGCUCUCUUGAAGUAUGUGCGUUACACAAAUCCCAAUCUGCGCAUCUAAAAUGCUCAAAACUGUGGUGGCAGCAGACAUUGGAAUAGCAUGUGUAGUUGGAGGCCAAACUAGCGACUCCAAAUAAACCAAAAAUGAUAUUUUAUGUAGCUACUACUACUAUUACAA